CAAACGAUUAGCUACGGUUCAACGCACGGAAAAGUAAACAAACACCUGCUUACAAUGGUACACACCUGUGCCAUACAUGGUUGUAGAAACCGAGCUAAUGGUGAAAUUCAGCGUGGAUUUUACACGAUUCCGAGCAUAAGAAUUCACGAAGGGACACAAAACGAGGAGUUGAGCAAGCAAAGACGAACUACAUGGCUUGCACGCAUCAACAGGAAAGAUUUCAGUCCAACGACGCAUACCAAAGUUUGCUCAGACCACUUUGUUUCCGGGAAACCAGGUAGUUUAUAUGACACAACCAACCCAGAUUGGGUUCCGUCCCUCAGACUCGCUGGUGAGGACAAGGGCAACACAGAUGGAACCAGUUAUAGAAAAGUUGGUAGUACUCGUAGAUAUGAAAGAGCUCAUGCAAGGAAGGCACAAAAAGAGAAAAGCAUUGUUGCGGAAGCACUAUUAGAGUUAUCACAUUUUGAUGUUCGUGCUCAAGACUACUAUUCUGACAAUGAAGAAAUAGAAGUUAAAAGAAAAAACUGUCUUUUCUAUUUGUGUGGUACACUUGAAGACCAGCAUCCACAUGCACAGGUAAAUGAAGCACAGUGCACAGCAGAUGACGCAGAUUUCCCAAGUACAAAGCCUAUUGAUGAAACUUUGUUUAAACAAGUGAGUGAUGAAUGUCAGAGGCUUACAACAGAAAAUAUAAGUCUACGGGACAAAGUGCAGGAAGCAAAGAUUAGUGAAGAUUUUUUCAAAGAUGACAAGAAAGUGAACUAUUACACUGGUCUUCCAGGUUUUCUAACAUUAAUGUCACUAUUUGAGUUUCUGAUGUCAGACAUCCCAGACGGCAACAGAUCUUCACUGACAAAGUUUCAGAAGUUGAUUCUUGUUCUGAUGAGACUUAGACUUAACCUGCCAGUGCAGGACUUGGCGUACAGAUUUGAUGUAUCUCAAGCGACAAUAUCAAGGGCAUUUAUAAGCGUCAUCCAUGUCAUGUUCAUCAAACUGAAAGAUUUCAUUUACUGGCCUCAAAGGGAACAAUUAAGAAUGACUAUGCCAAUAGAAUUUGGAAAAAAAUAUGGACUUAAAGUGGCUGUAAUCAUUGAUUGCUUUGAGAUUUUUAUCGAAAGACCAUCAAAUUUAUUGGCUCGAGCAAUGACCUGGUCAUCAUACAAACAUCACAAUACUGUCAAGUACUUAAUUGGAAUAACACCUCAAGGGUCCAUUUCCUUUCUUUCACAAGCAUGGGGUGGACGUGCUAGUGACAAACACAUUACAGAACAUUGUGGACUUCUAAAAAAUCUUGUACCAGGUGACUUCAUUCUUGCUGAUCGAGGAUUUGAUAUUCAAGAAAGUGUUGGUGUCAUGUGUUGCGAAGUGAAGGUGCCAAGUUUCACCAAAGGAAAGUCACAACUACCAGCAUUUGAGGUUGAACAGUCUCGAAACAUUGCGCAUUUAAGAAUACAUGUGGAAAGAGUUAUUGGACUUGUUAGAAACAAAUACACAAUAUUGUCAGAUACUCUGCCUAUUGACUUUUUGUUGAGUGCCCAAAAUGAUGUGCCUGCUGUUGACAAGAUUGUAACAGUGUGUUGCAGCUUGACUAACUUUUGCGAAUCAGUUGUACCAUUUGACUAA